AUGAAGAUCCGGCAUGUGCUCACCCAAUCCAUUACCUUCCUCGUUAUGGUCCUUGUGUUGUUGGUGUUGGUGCCCGAGGGAAUGAUGCUAGUGACGGGUGUCAAGUCACCGGCGAUGGCAGUUUUGUCGGAAAGUAUGGAGCCUGCAAUUAAAAAGGGCGAUAUGGUGUUUGUGCACAACAUGAGCAAUGAACCUUUCCGCGAAGGAGAGGUCGUUCUUUUCAAAGUUGAUGGCUUUGAACAUCCAAUUGUCCAUCGUGUGAUCAAGGUUUACGAGCAUCGAGAUACUGGAGAAAUCCGAAUACUCACCAAAGGAGACAACAAUUCAGUGGAUGACCGAUUUCUCUAUGCGAGCGGGCAGCUUUGGCUUCAACCGCAUGACAUUAUUGGACGGGUUGCAGGCUAUCUACCAUAUGCUGGAUGGCCUAGUGUCUUCAUCAGUGAAGCUUAUAAGGUCUCUCUUUUUCUUCUUAUGAAAGAUGUUGCUGAAUGGUGGAAGCACUACAACUCCAGAAGUGCUAUGGGUGUAAAACGUAGGUUUUGA